AUGUUCCAACCAAGAAAAGAAAGAGAUGUUAGUGAAAGAGUGUCCUCGCCAACUAUUCUUUUAGAUCGAUUAGAGAUUUCAUCCACGUACUUUGAGGAAUUAAAUUGUGCACAUUACUCAAAAGAUCAAUUGGAUGAACUUAUGGACGAAUGUAGUGUUUCUCCAUCGACAUGUGACGUAUACUCAGUUGGUAUUGUAAAUGUACAGCAAAUUCCUCUACGGGUGGUGAAGGAAUGCCUUGAUGAACCACAAGGUUCCAUAUUGUUGCAUGGCACAGACCUGCAUGUUUACCAUGAAUGUAUGCUGAAAAGGAGGCCUGAGACGAUGGAGACGUACAUUUUCUGUGGAUGGUACAAAUUUGCCAAAGAAAGGAAGUUACAGUUUCCAUUUCGACCCAUUUUCGACCCAUUUUCCACGACCGUCGCCGCUGCCAUUAUCGACCCAUUUUCCACGACGCUGCCAACACCGUCGCCGCCAACACCACUUCCGCGACGCCCGAUUCCGCUCCGUUACUCACCGUCGCCGCCCGAUUCCGCUCCGUUCCUCACCGUCGCCGCCCGAUUCGCUCUGUUCCUCGCCAUUUCAACGGCUCACCGUCGCCGCCCGAUUCCUCCCGAUUCCGUCGCCGUUUCAACUGCUUCCUCGUUGCCGUUUCAACUGUUUCCACCGUCUUCUGCAAAUCAUUCUGCAAAUCAUUCUGGGCAAAUUCCUCUACGGGUGGUGAAGGAAUGCCUUGAUGAACCACAAGGUUCCAUAUUGUUGCAUGGCACAGACCUGCAUGUUUACCAUGAAUGUAUGCUGAAAAGGAGGCCUGAGACGAUGGAGACGUACAUUUCCUGUGGAGGGUACAAAUUUGCCAAAGAAAGGAAGUUACAGUUUCCAUUUCGACCCAUUUUCGACCCAUUUUCCACGACCGUCGCCGCUGCCAUUAUCGACCCAUUUUCCACGACGCUGCCAACACCGUCGCCGCCAACACCACUUCCGCGACGCCCGAUUCCGCUCCGUUACUCACCGUCGCCGCCCGAUUCCGCUCCGUUCCUCACCGUCGCCGCCCGAUUUGCUCUGUUCCUCGUCGUUUCAACGGCUCACCGUCGCCGCCCGAUUCCUCCCGAUUCCGUCGCCGUUUCAACUGCUUCCUCGUCGCCGUUUCAACUGUUUCCACCGUCUUCUGCAAAUCAUUCUGCAAAUCAUUCUGGGCAAAUUCCUCUACGGGUGGUGAAGGAAUGCCUUGAUGAACCACAAGGUUCCAUAUUGUUGCAUGGCACAGACCUGCAUGUUUACCAUGAAUGUAUGCUGAAAAGGAGGCCUGAGACGAUGGAGACGUACAUUUUCUGUGGAUGGUACAAAUUUGCCAAAGAAAGGAAGUUACAGUUUCCAUUUCGACCCAUUUUCGACCCAUUUUCCACGACCGUCGCCGCUGCCAUUAUCGACCCAUUUUCCACGACGCUGCCAACACCGUCGCCGCCAACACCACUUCCGCGACGCCCGAUUCCGCUCCGUUACUCACCGUCGCCGCCCGAUUCCGCUCCGUUCCUCACCGUCGCCGCCCGAUUCGCUCUGUUCCUCGCCGUUUCAACGGCUCACCGUCGCCGCCCGAUUCCUCCCGAUUCCGUCGCUGUUUCAACUGCUUCCUCGUUGCCGUUUCAACUGUUUCCACCGUCUUCUGCAAAUCAUUCUGCAAAUCAUUCUGGGCAAAUUCCUCUACGGGUGGUGAAGGAAUGCCUUGAUGAACCACAAGGUUCCAUAUUGUUGCAUGGCACAGACCUGCAUGUUUACCAUGAAUGUAUGCUGAAAAGGAGGCCUGAGACGAUGGAGACGUACAUUUCCUGUGGAGGGUACAAAUUUGCCAAAGAAAGGAAGUUACAGUUUCCAUUUCGACCCAUUUUCGACCCAUUUUCCACGACCGUCGCCGCUGCCAUUAUCGACCCAUUUUCCACGACGCUGCCAACACCGUCGCCGCCAACACCACUUCCGCGACGCCCGAUUCCGCUCCGUUACUCACCGUCGCCGCCCGAUUCCGCUCCGUUCCUCACCGUCGCCGCCCGAUUUGCUCUGUUCCUCGUCGUUUCAACGGCUCACCGUCGCCGCCCGAUUCCUCCCGAUUCCGUCGCCGUUUCAACUGCUUCCUCGUCGCCGUUUCAACUGUUUCCACCGUCUUCUGCAAAUCAUUCUGCAAAUCAUUCUGGGCAAAUUCCUCUACGGGUGGUGAAGGAAUGCCUUGAUGAACCACAAGGUUCCAUAUUGUUGCAUGGCACAGACCUGCAUGUUUACCAUGAAUGUAUGCUGAAAAGGAGGCCUGAGACGAUGGAGACGUACAUUUCCUGUGGAGGGUACAAAUUUGCCAAAGAAAGGAAGUUACAGUUUCCAUUUCGACCCAUUUUCGACCCAUUUUCCACGACCGUCGCCGCUGCCAUUAUCGACCCAUUUUCCACGACGCUGCCAACACCGUCGCCGCCAACACCACUUCCGCGACGCCCGAUUCCGCUCCGUUCCUCACCGUCGCCGCCCGAUUCCGCUCCGUUCCUCACCGUCGCCGCCCGAUUCGCUCUGUUCCUCGUCGUUUCAACGGCUCACCGUCGCCGCCCGAUUCCUCCCGAUUCCGUCGCCGUUUCAACUGCUUCCUCGUUGCCGUUUCAACUGUUUCCACCGUCUUCUGCAAAUCAUUCUGCAAAUCAUUCUGGGCAAAUUCCUCUACGGGUGGUGAAGGAAUGCCUUGAUGAACCACAAGGUUCCAUAUUGUUGCAUGGCACAGACCUGCAUGUUUACCAUGAAUGUAUGCUGAAAAGGAGGCCUGAGACGAUGGAGACGUACAUUUCCUGUGGAUGGUACAAAUUUGCCAAAGAAAGGAAGUUACAGUUUCCAUUUCGACCCAUUUUCGACCCAUUUUCCACGACCGUCGCCGCUGCCAUUAUCGACCCAUUUUCCACGACGCUGCCAACACCGUCGCCGCCAACACCACUUCCGCGACGCCCGAUUCCGCUCCGUUCCUCACCGUCGCCGCCCGAUUCCGCUCCGUUCCUCACCGUCGCCGCCCGAUUCGCUCUGUUCCUCGCCGUUUCAACGGCUCACCGUCGCCGCCCGAUUCCUCCCGAUUCCGUCGCCGUUUCAACUGCUUCCUCGUCGCCGUUUCAACUGUUUCCACCGUCUUCUGCAAAUCAUUCUGGGCAAAUUCCUCUACGGGUGGUGAAGGAAUGCCUUGAUGAACCACAAGGUUCCAUAUUGUUGCAUGGCACAGACCUGCAUGUUUACCAUGAAUGUAUGCUGAAAAGGAGGCCUGAGACGAUGGAGACGUACAUUUCCUGUGGAUGGUACAAAUUUGCCAAAGAAAGGAAGUUACAGUUUCCAUUUCGACCCAUUUUCGACCCAUUUUCCACGACCGUCGCCGCUGCCAUUAUCGACCCAUUUUCCACGACGCUGCCAACACCGUCGCCGCCAACACCACUUCCGCGCCGUCCGAUUCCGCUCCGUUCCUCACCGUCGCCGCCCGAUUCCGCUCCGUUCCUCACCUUCGCCGCCCGAUUCGCUCUGUUCCUUGCUAUUUCAACGGCUCACCGUCGCCGCCCGAUUCCUCCCGAUUCCGUCGCCGUUUCAACUGCUUCCUCGUCGCCGUUUCAACUGUUUCCACCGUCUUCUGCAAAUCAUUCUGCAAAUCAUUCUGGGCAAAUUCCUCUACGGGUGGUGAAGGAAUGCCUUGAUGAACCACAAGGUUCCAUAUUGUUGCAUGGCACAGACCUGCAUGUUUACCAUGAAUGUAUGCUGAAAAGGAGGCCUGAGACGAUGGAGACGUACAUUUCCUGUGGAUGGUACAAAUUUGCCAAAGAAAGGAAGUUACAGAAAAUUUACCGUCGCCGUCCGAUUCCGCUCCGUUCCUCACCGUCGCCGCCCGAUUCCGCUCUGUUCCUCACCGUCGCCGCCCGAUUCGCUCUGUUCCUCGCUAUUUCAACGGCUCACCGUCGCCGCCCGAUUCCUCCCGAUUCCGUCGCCGUUUCAACUGCUUCCUCGUCGCCGUUUCAACUGUUUCCACCGUCUUCUGCAAAUCAUUCUGGGCACAACUUGCAAUCUCGGAAUCUCCGUGAAGUAGCACAGUCGCGGACACACCGUUCGUCAGACCUUCCUCCGUGUGAACAUAGUUAUGGAUCGUAG